CUUUGCAAAUGCAGGCUAUGUGAUUGCUGUGUAUGUAUUUGUAUUUGCCACUUUGGGUUUAACGGGAUCGGAGUGAUGCAGCGAUAAACAUCACUGACAGACUGUAGUCUAGGUGCUGGCCCUUUGGCUAGGGCGAUAUGGCGUUCCUUGCAUCACCUUUGUCGUCUGGGCAGGUCACUUUCUUCGUGGCUUUCGCCUGGUCUGUAUUCGCAUGGCUGUACGCGGAGUAUCUACACUACAACAAGUCGCGUGCACCACGGCACGAACACGAUGAAGGGCCGCAGGACCAGGAAUCCGCCAAACUUCUGCCCAUCACGGCGGAAUCGGGCCAGUCAGGAAAAGCGGCGGGAGGCCAGGGUAGCAGCAGUUCUGGGGAUGCGUCAAUCUCCAUCCAUGGCGCUUCUGGCAUGCUUGGAAGCAUGGUCAACUGCGGCAUGGUGUCCUGCCUGCUGCUCAAGCGCCAGGCCUUGCUCGCGAACAGGGAAACUCUUCGCACCGUCGUGGAGUUUGGGUGCCUGAUGCUGUGGUACUUCUUGUCAGACCGCACUAGCUUGCUUCCAACAGGCGAGAAGUCGUACAGUCGCGACGUCUUCCUCUUUAUCUUCGUCGCCCUCACCUGUGCAGCAGUGGGCAGCUCGCUACGGACUUUCAAGUUUCCGCUGCUGCUGAACCGACCGCAGACGGAGGAGUGGAAGGGCUGGAUGCAGGUGCUGUUCCUGCUGUACCACUACUUCGAGGCCAAGGAGGUGUACAACGCCAUCCGGAUCUUCAUAGCGGGCUACGUGUGGAUGACGGGAUUCGGAAACUUCUCAUACUACUACAAGACCGGAGACUUCUGCAUUGGGCGGUUCGCCCAGAUGUUCUGGCGGCUCAACUUCCUGGUGUUCUUCGCGUGUGUCGUACUGCAGAACAGCUACAUGCUGUACUACAUCUGCCCAAUGCACACCAUCUUCACCGUCUUCGUCUACCUGGCACUGGCCAUCGCGCCGCAGGUCAACAAGUCCAAUGGAUGGCUGCUGUUUAAGAUUGCGAUGUGCUUCGUGUUCAUCUUCGUGACGUGGGACAUCAAGUCGGUCUUCUACGCCAUCUGGCGCCCCUUCCUGUGGCUGGUGGGCUACGUGGACCCGCGAAAGCCGGCGGAGGAGCAGGACCCGCUGCAUGAGUGGUACUUCCGCUCCUCCCUGGACCGCUACAUCUGGAUCUACGGCAUGCUGUGUGCGCUGAUGCACCCCAUGGCCUCAGCAAUCCUGUCGUACAUUGACGAGCUGCCCACACUGAAGCGCAUCUCCGUACGCUCCGCCAUCCUCACGGCGUGCGGCGCUGCGGGCUAUGUGUACUACAGCACCGUCUACACGCUACCCAAGGUGCAGUACAAUGCCGUACAUCCGUACACCUCGUGGAUCCCGAUUACGUUGUGGAUUAUUGUGCGCAACAUGACGCCCUCUCUGCGGAUCUACCACCUGCGGCUGUACGGCUGGCUGGGGUGCAUCACGCUGGAGACGUACAUCUCGCAGUUCCACAUCUGGAUGAAGACGGGGCUCCCGGACGGCCAGCCCAAGAGCCUGCUGGUGCUCAUUCCCGGCUACCCGCUGCUCAACUUUGCGCUGGUGUCAGGACUCUACGUAUUGGCCAGCCACCGGCUGUUCGAGGUCACCAACGCGCUCAAGAACGCGCUGGUGCCGCACUCCAACGACGCGCUGCUGGGCCGCAACAUCCUGCUCAUGCUGGGGGCGGGAGGGGCGCUGUGGGGCGUGGUGGCGGCGCUGCACCAGGCGGUGUGAGGAGUGUGAGGAGUGGGGAGAGAAAGGGGGAGGUCGCGAGCGGGGUAUAAGGUAUGGUGCCUGGUGAACCGGGUGGCAGCGGGUAUGUUCCUGGUGAUGCCUAACCAAAAUAAUGUGUUGCCAGGGGUUGUAUGGCGCGGUCUUUGCUGCCGCGGCUGCCUCCUACUGGUUUGUUCCCAAGCCUAGCUGCAUAUAUGUGUAGGGCAGUGUACGGUAGUCUGCAGUUACUUCUGCAGUGAGGAAAUGAAGGUUGUAAGGGUUCAGUGGUAUAAGUCUUGUGUCAUGGACGUAGCAGCAGGCGCCGAACAGGGUCAUACCGUAUAUGGCACUUGUGGUGCUCCUUUCUAGCUACCAUCGCGUUUUGCGUGCGGCUUUGACAAAGCGUACGAUACGGUCUGGGUGAGGUAGUUAGGACGUAGCGUGUGCGGACUAACUGGUAGCAAACGACCUGAAUCUGGCAAGAUGUAUAUGCCUUGAGAUGGGUUCGCACCGUGCGAAUGGUGUGGGAAGAAAGGGCUGUUGUUUCGCCGGCCUUGUUGCCGAGCUGGUGAUACGGCCGGGUGCCUGAGCAAGUGAAGGAGGACCAUAUCCUACUUUGUGUGUGUGGGGGGGUUCCAUGUUGAGUUGGGUGUGAUCCUGCGACAACGGCCUGAACAAGUGAUCCUGCAGUCGAGCCUUUUGCUGUGUGGAUCGCUUCGUUGGGCGAACACUCACGGCGUUAGGAUUCAGUGGCAAUGGGCAUGCAUGCUCGCGAGUGCUGCUGGGAAUGACUGACCCAUGGGUCGAGGGCACAGCUGUGGGUUGCUAAUAUGCCUGAAUGGGCUGACUCGGAGUCGAAUUGCUGCAUGGUUCCAGGUUGCUUAAUACCCGGCUGAGUAGAGCACGCUAGGGCCUGUUUUAAAUUAAGAACUCGUACUUCGCUCGAGAAGCACCAUCAAGUGCCAAGAAGAGAAGUCACAUGGAAAAGUGCAAUCAGGGCUCUUCCACGUCCGAAGGACCGUAAAGUGUAAAUGCGUAAUGUCUUACCAAA